UUGGAAACUGGUGUUAAUUGCUGAGAAUCAUUUCGGUAAACAAGGAAGUGUGCAAAAUCCGAAGUAAGCUAGUAAUUAAAUGUAGUUCACACCUAUCUACAUAUGUGUAGACUUCGACUCAAGAAAUCCUCGCCCAGGUAUUUGCAGUGGAUUUUCCUUCUUCUAAUAUUUCUGGAUGUUGAGCCACACCCGAUACCCAAAAACUACACCAAGCCUGAUGGAUGUCUCGAGAAUGUUAUCGAUUCAGAGGUGCAGAUUCUGGACAAUGAAAUACCUGGAUACUUCCACUUUGACCUGCCCGAGGGAGGAUACAUACGGGUGAUUUAUCACGUGGAUAAGUACGGCUUUUAUACCGAAACUUUGCUCUGACAUAGAAUGAUUCUUCCGCUGAGAGUGUCUGUCUGUGCAGUUUUGCCAUAAUUGGAAACCAGAUUUAUUCCAACGAGUCUAAUUUGUAUUUAUGUUUAUAAAAAUAAAAAACAACAUGCAAAUAUA